UGCAACUAACCUAGGAAACAAGUCCUGUCCUAACCUAGCACUUUUAACCUAUUGACCAGAUUAACGUUGACUCCUGUUUAUCAGUGCUGGGAGUGUUUUCAGUGAAACACUAGUGUAAUGUUACCCAGAUACUUUAACACCGAUAUUGACAACCGAAAACGCCAAAUUAACACCUUGAAAAUCUUCAACGAUAACGUUGUAGAGAUUACCGAAGGCUGCGAAUUCGACGUGUCCUUUAACUCAGGGGACCAUUCGCUUACGGUCCGUGUCACUUUAGGGGGCGAUUUUCCCAAAGCGAAGCCCCUGCUGGAAAUCAGGCCUUUGAUAGAACACCCUUGGGUGAACGAGAAGGGGGUGGUGAACGCUGCACCUGGCCUGUUGAAUUUCACUCCCCACUCCGACUUGGGCCGAGUGGUUCAGGCAGUGAUCAGGGAAUUUCAGCGCAAUCCCCCCGCUCUUGCUUCAACCGAUUCAUCCAAACCCUCCAGUGUGCCAAAAUUAGAUGCAGAAAGCCGCACCAGCCCCAGCUUGUCCCGCUACAGCUUAUCGCCGCCCAUUCACCCCGGUUCCACAAUGUUUCCCGAGUUGAAUCUUCUUUCGACGGAAGAAUUGCGCUUUUUGGACGAGUGCGACGGGAGGCAAAUUGAGUUCAUUGAGGAACUGCCCAGUGUUAAGGACCAGAACCGCAUGCUGGACGAUUUGGCCAGCCAGAUUGAGGAGCUGGCAGAGGAGAACUUGAGGAAGGAGUCGCGCCUCUGCGAGCUCAGGCAAACGGUGGACGCGCGGAUAGAAGAAGUCGCAAAGCUGGCGUUUGACAAUGAGCGACUGUUUUCCAUUUACCAGAACCUGUCCGAAAAGUACUCGCCCAGAAAUAUUCAGGAGGAGCUGGGAAAGGCGGCGAAAGCCGCAGAAGAAGAAAGCGAGAAGAUUGCGGAACAGUUCCUGCACGGCGAGCUGGAUGUGGACCGAUUCCUCAACAUGUUCAUCAAAACCAAGGCCGUGUUCCAGCUGCGGAAGACCAAGGAGGAGAAGCUGUGCCAUCAGCUGAACCGAUUGGAAAAAGCGGGGUUUUAGAGCAACAUUGAUUGGGCAUUCGAUUGUAGAUGUGAAUGGGGCUAAUAAAUAUUUAUUUGGC